GUUCCCGGCCUGGCGGAGGAUCCUUCCCGCUCCCGAAUUCCCCCUGGAGCACAAGUUCUGUUCAUAAAUGCAGCCAAGGAGCUGAGUUUAACCCCAGGUCUGUGCACAGGCCCUGCUCGAGAGGAAGAGUUCCCUUGUUCGUUGGUGAGCCCCAGUUGUCUUCCWGCCGUGAGGAUAAAGAGCCAUGGCUGAGCGGGUGCUGGUGAUCGGCAGUGGAGGCAGAGARCACGCCCUGGCCUGGAAGCUGGCCCAGUCCCCCCAUGUGAAACACGUGUUUGUGGCUCCAGGAAAUGCAGGGACAGCUGACAAUGGAAAAAUCUCCAAUUCAGCUGUUCCAGUCAGUGACCACGCUGCCCUUGCCCAGUUCUGCAGGGAUCAGGACAUCAGGCUGGUGGUGGUCGGUCCGGAGGUCCCUCUUGCUGCUGGAGUUGUGGAUGACUUGACAGCGGCUGGGAUCAAGUGUUUUGGCCCCACAGCGAAGGCAGCUCAGCUGGAAUCCAGCAAGAGCUUUGCCAAAGCCUUUCUGGACCGCCAUGAGAUCCCCACUGCCAGAUGGAAAGCCUUCACUGACCCCAAAGCAGCAUGUGCCUUUAUCAACAGUGCCCCCUUCCCUGCUUUGGUUGUCAAAGCCAGUGGCCUGGCAGCUGGCAAAGGAGUCAUCGUGGCUUCCACCAAGGAAGAGGCUUGCAAAGCUGUUACUGAAAUCAUGCAGGAUAAGAGUUUUGGCGCAGCUGGAGAAACGGUUGUUGUAGAAGAACUUCUUGAAGGAGAAGAAAUUUCUUGCCUGUGUUUCAGUGAUGGUGUCACCAUUGCUCCCAUGCCCCCAGCCCAGGACCACAAGAGGCUGAUGGAUGGAGAUGAAGGCCCCAACACAGGAGGGAUGGGAGCUUAUUCCCCAGCCCCUCAGAUCUCUAAAGAUUUGCUGCAGAAGAUAAGAGAGACUGUUCUUCAGAAGACUGUKGAUGGCAUGAGGAAAGAAGGUGUCCCCUAUUUGGGUGUGCUUUAUGCUGGAUUAAUGCUCACCAAAGAUGGACCUAAAGUUCUGGAAUUUAACUGCAGGUUUGGUGACCCAGAGUGUCAGGUGAUUCUGCCCCUGCUGAGGAGUGACCUGUACGAAGUUAUGCAGGCAGUGAUCAACAGGAAGCUGGCCAGCUCCAUGCCAGCCUGGAAGGAGGACAGUGCAGCUGUGACUGUGGUCAUGGCCAGCCAAGGCUAUCCAGGGUCAUAUCCCAAGGGCUUGGAAAUAACAGGGCUUGCUAAGGCCAAGCAGCUGGGGCUGGAGGUGUUCCACGCAGGCACAGCCCUGAAGGAUGGCAGGGUGGUGACCAGCGGGGGCAGAGUGCUGACAGUCACGGCCAUCAAGGAGGACCUGCCGGCAGCACUGCGGGAGGCCAACCUGGGUGUGGCUGCCAUCCACUUCCAGGGGGCCAUCUACAGGAGGGACAUUGGCUACCGGGCCAUAGCCUUCCUCAAGCAGUCCAGGGGCCUGACUUACAAGAACAGUGGGGUGGACAUUGAAGCAGGGAACACUUUGGUGCAGAAGAUCAAGCCCUUGGCUGCAGCCACAUCAAGGUCAGGCUGUAAUGCAGAGCUYGGAGGGUUUGCUGGGCUCUUUGACCUGAAGGCAGCUGGGUACAGAGAUCCCAUCCUGGUGUCUGGAACCGAUGGCGUUGGCACAAAACUCAAGAUUGCACAGGAGUGCCAGAAACACGACACCAUCGGGCAGGACCUGGUGGCCAUGUGUGUCAAUGACAUCCUGGCCCAGGGAGCYGAGCCCCUCUUCUUCCUGGACUAUUUUGCUUGUGGCAAACUCGAGGUGGAAGUGGCUCAAGGCGUCAUUGCAGGAAUAGCUGAUGCCUGCAGAAAAGCUGGAUGUGCCCUGUUGGGAGGAGAAACGGCCGAGAUGCCAGGGAUGUAUCCCCCUGGCGAGUACGACCUGGCCGGCUUCGCCGUGGGAGCUGUGGAGCGAGGGCAGAUGCUGCCCCAGCUGGACAGGAUCACUGAGGGGGAUGUGGUGAUCGGGGUGGCAUCCUCUGGGGUGCACAGCAAUGGCUACAGCYUGGUCAGGAAGAUCGUGGAGAAGUCCUCCCUGGAUUUCUCUUCUCGUGUCGGUGUCGCCGGGGAUCAGACACUGGGAGAGCUCCUGUUAACCCCAACCAAACUCUAYAGCAAGACCCUGCUGCCUGUGCUGCGCUCAGGCCACGUCAAAGCCUACGCCCACAUCACUGGAGGGGGCCUGCUGGAAAACAUUCCCAGAGUUCUCCCAGACUCCUUCGGUGUCGUUUUAGAUGCACUCACCUGGAAGAUCCCUGAAAUCUUCUGCUGGCUCCACAAGGAAGGGAACCUCUCUGAGGAGGAGAUGGCUCGGACCUUCAACUGCGGGGUUGGAGCGGUGCUGGUGGUGCAGAAGGAGAUGGCCCAGCAGGUCCUCAAGGACAUCCAGGCCCAUGAGACCGCCUGGCUGAUCGGCAAAGUGGUGUCCCUACAGAAAGGCUCUGACAGCGUUAAAGUCCUCAAUCUCCAUCGGGCCCUGCAAGCAAACAGGUCCCUGUGUGUGCACAGCCACAUCCAGGGCAAGAUCCAGACGGGCAAGGUGAAGGUGGCUGUGCUCAUCUCUGGAACAGGCACAAACCUGGAAGCCCUGAUCAACAGCACAAAGAAAGACACCAGCUUUGCACAGAUAGUUCUGGUUAUCUCCAACAAACCYGGCGUGGAGGGGCUGAGGAAAGCUGAGAGAGCUGGGAUUCCUACGAGGGUGAUUGAACACACGAGGUACCAGAGCCGCACCGAGUUCGACAGCGCCGUGGACAAAGUGCUACAGGAGUUCUCAGUGGAGCUGAUCUGCCUGGCCGGAUUCAUGCGCAUCCUCUCGGGUCCUUUUGUCAAGAAAUGGGAAGGGAAAAUCCUGAACAUCCACCCAUCCCUGCUGCCGUCCUUCAAGGGAGCCAACGCGCACAAGCUGGUCCUGCAGGCCGGGGUCAGGGUGACAGGCUGCACCGUGCACUUCGUGGCUGAAGAGGUGGAUGCCGGGGCCAUCAUUUUCCAGGAGGCGGUUCCGGUGAAGGUGGGGGACACGGAGGCGGCKCUGGCCGAGCGGGUGAAGGAGGCCGAGCACCGCGCCUUCCCCGCGGCGCUGCAGCUCGUGGCCAGCGGGGCCGUGCGCGUGGGCGAGGCCGGCAAGAUCUACUGGAAAUAGGAGCCAGGGCUGGCCUCAGACGGGAGCGGGGCCCUCGCUGCCCCGGGCUGGCACGGGCUGCUCCCUCUGCUGGCCUGGGCCUGCUCUCACUGUCAGGGUUAAAGAUCCAAACCCCRGCAAAGCCAUCCAUGGGAAUUGGGGAGCCGUUCCCAGCGGGUGCAGCAAUGGCUCCUGUAAGUGCUUCCUGAUUUUAAUCCCUUCCUUGGCCAACAUUUCGGUUCUCAAUUACUUUCCCAACAACCCAAACCCAGCCAGGUGCUUCCAGAGGGUCUGAGCAGCCCCAGGAUGGACUCUGUUCCCAAAGAGCCCCUCAGCCUGAAAUGGGGACCCCCCUUGUGCUGGAAGUGUUGGUGAGGAAAACGGCAGCGGAAGAGACAGACAAAGGCAGAAACCCCCGCUCCAAAAACCUCAUCAGACCAGGAAAAACUGACCUCCCAAAACACCAGUCACUGCUUUUUCUUCCAUUUGCUUCCUGCUUUGAUGGUGGUGGAUCUUGCUCGGCCCAGACCCUUGCCAUACCCUGUCAUUUCCCUGUCAGAUGGCAGCAGGAUUCAGUGUCUGCUGCCCCUUUUUCCUCAGCAUUCCCAGGUGAAUUCCCAUGAAUUGCCUUUAGAGAUUUGUCCAGCACCAAAAGGGUUGGAUUUUUAUUUUUUUAAUUGAGAAAGACCUGAUACAAAACAUGUCCUUGGCUUGUGAGCCAUUCCUCAGGAAUUCUGAAGUGCCUGUAUUCUUGGAACAGUGUUUYCACCUGGAAUAACACUGAGGGACACCCAGGAAUUAUGAACAUUUGGAAAACAAUCGGGGCUGUUGUGCAGCUCAACACUUGCGGUUUUCUUCUAACAUUUUUGUAUAGCUAUGAAACCAUUUUAAUGUUCUUACUGAAAUGAUCAGGUUUCCCACACACAAAGCAGAUGCGGUGGUUUAAAGCUCCCCUUUAACACAAAGAAAGCUGAUUUUAUUCUGGGCUCUGAUGUCCUGAUGGUACUUCCAUGUUGGCAUAAUCUCCUUUGGGAUUUGAAAUAAAGCCUAAUAAAGUUUAAAAAAAAAAA